GCCGUGUCAAAUUGACCGGAUAUGACGUGCAUAUUUGACCUUCCGUUCAGUUCGUGUGUAACAUUUGACAGCAUUGGCAGCAGUUUGCCACACUGGUAAUUCCAAGAUGACAGGAGUUUAAAACAUGCCAGGAUUCACUCUAUGAAGAUUUCCGCCGUCCAGCAGGGUGCUUCUAUCCUAAGCUGAGGGAACAAUGGUCAAGUAUUUCUGCUGCGCAGGUUUGCUAAAAAGCUCCUGGGACCAAGUCUGCGUUGCUUUCUGGCAACGCUAUCCAAACCCCUACAGUAACCAUGUAUUGACUGAAGACAUCAUUUUCCGAGAGGUUACUCCGGCUAACUGCCUCAUCUCCAGACGCCUGUUGACCAAAACUAGCCGUGCGCCGCGUUGGAUGGAGCGCUACCUUCCAAAACACAUGGCUAGCUCAGCCUACAUCCUUGAGGACUCCAUAGUGGACCCUCAGAAAAGAACAAUGACCACAGUAACAUGGAACAUCAGCCACGCUCGUCUUAUGUCUGUGGAAGAGCGGUGUGAAUAUGGAAUUAACCCCGAGAAUGGCAGCUGGACGGAAAUAAAGAGAGAGGCUUGGAUCUCUUCCAACGUGUAUGGACUCUCUCGAGCUAUUCAGGAAUUUGGUCUUGCAAGGUUUAAGACGAGCGUUACUAAGACCAUGAAGGGCUUUGAAUAUGUUCUGGCCAAAAUGCAAGGUGAAACGCCAUCAAGGAGUUUAGCCGAGGCGGCGACAGAGCGUGCGAGAGAGACUGCGCUGGCAGCUAAAGAGAAAGCUAAAGACUUGGCCUCACACGCCCAGAAGAAACAAUACGUGUGACGAACACUGUUCUGUUGCCACACAUUCGGGGACACGUUGGUCUUUAAAUCGUCUUCCCAGGUGAGUGCUGCUUUGUGGGGAGACAAACUAAUGCAAGUGGAUACCUCUGCGAGGAAGCAACCUGCUGAUCUGGUGGGAGGACCACAAUAAUGGCUGAGCUUCUUCACUUGCACCCUUGUCAUCCUGAUCACGUUACUUUGACUGAAUAUCAUUUUGCAACUUGGCACAGUGUGAGAAUCUGCAAAGAACUUGGCUGGAAUUUGAUAGAAUUUCAUACCAUUCCUGUGACCUUCAUUCAACCUCUGUGCCCACCAACUGUUAGCGUUUAGUUUGUCAAACUAGCUACAAUCAACAUUUCAGCAAUCUAUGUAUUAAUGUAGAUUUAUGUCUGAUUUAGAUUUUUUUGUUGAAUAAGAUAUAUAAUCCUGAUUCUUCCUGCCAAGUCUGAUUGUAAGUGCUUCAAAAACGAUCCAAACUGUUUACUGAAAUUGAGCAUUCAGCCUCAAACAUGUUGUAUGUUAAUGAAAGCAAAUAUGAAUACAUGCUUUUUAUAUUACAA